AAUUUGGUCAACAGAUUUAUGAACAACAGAUCUUUACGCUCUUGAACCUGAGGGCAUGGGUCAGUUAGUGUUUCAUCACCGCAGGUCUCUCCAUGUGACCAACAGGAGCCCAGUGGUGGCGGGGGAGUGCUGGACACUUUGUACCUUUAUGUCCCGAUGGUAGAGCAGCGAUGGUAGCUUUCUGAUGUAACCGCCAUGUGGCCGAGAGUCUUCAUCACCUUCGUCUUGACGCUGCAGGGCUCCCAGCCAGCCUCAGUCUUUCUGGAGCCACAGAAGGCCCAUGGCGUCCUGGUCCGGACCCGGCGCUACAACUCCGGCUGGUUUGAGGAGCUGAAAAUGGGAGAUCUAGAGCGGGAGUGUCUGGAGGAGACAUGUAGCUUUGAAGAGGCCAGAGAGGUGUUUGAACACACGGAGCUGACGAACGAGUUCUGGAAGAAAUACUCUGGUGAGCAAUGGUUGAUCGACAUGAGUUAGGGCUGAAGUAUAGAGAGAGCUGAACAUGUCUGCUGACCUCCAGGGUUUUAUAAAUAAACAUUUCCACCAUGAGUUCACCUUUAU